AUGGAAUCAAAUCCAAGGGAGCAAGUCAAAGCUAUUGAACUCCGAAGCGGGAAAGAACUUGAUGAUCCACAUGCAAGUAAAGAGAAAGCGGUCGAUUUAACAACGGGAACAAAUGAGGAGGAAGUAACCGAACAUCCAUAUGUUAAACCGCCGCCUCCUCCUCCAUUUGUGCCGAAGGUCCCUUUCCUGGGACGAUUAAAGAAGACGCAGGACAACCAAAAAUUCCAUAAAUUUCUGGAAAUUUUUAAGAAACUCCAAAUUAACAUAAGCUUUGCGGAUGCUUUGCGUGAGAUGCCUCAAUACGCAAAGUUUCUCAAAGAAAUCAUAACGAAGAAACGGAGUUGGGACGACAAAGGCACAAUUUCCCUAACGGAAAAUUGGGAAAGUAUCAAUCUAAUGCCUUUGUUUCUUUUCAGGGAUAUUUUUGGUGAUCAAACAUUGAAGCAAACAUCGAUGAUGUUUCAAUUGGCGGACCAUUCACUCAAAAAGCCAUACGGAGUGGUAGAAGAUGUUCUGGUCAAAAACUUUUCCCGGUUUCAAAAGUCAUAUUUCAUUCCGAUGAGACACAUGAAACCACCGGGGAAGAAUAUUCCAAAGAAGAUGAGCCGAAAGCCGAAAAUUUGA